UCUAUUUACGAAGUAGUCCUGCAACAGUUUUCAUCAUGUUCAGAAUCUCCUUAAUUUUGAUCGCUUGUAUCGUUGGAGUCUUUGGAGUCGGUCAGAGAUGUCCUGAUCAGAAAACAUACUCGCAGACCGUGUACUUAUUGCAUCCGACAAAUUGUGGAAAAUUUCUUACUUGUGUGUGGGGUAAAGCAGUAGAACAGGACUGCCCCGCCGGUCUCCAGUGGAACGGUGCUGGAAAUUACUGUGACUGGCCGGAGAACGUUGGCUGCAGUUCAACUGUGGAGGAACCAGGUUGUGUCUCUGGAGCAUUUUCACCCCACAAAGAAGAUUGCAACAAGUUCUAUUUAUGUGUGUUUGGUAAACAGUGGGAGCUGAAUUGUCCACCGGGCUUACACUUCAAUCCAAGUGCCAAUGUGUGUGAUAUUCCAGAUCACGCAAACUGUCAGCCGCAAACAACUACAACUGUUGGCACAACAGUUUCAACUGAACCAACAACUACGGAUGAGCCUGAAUCCACGACCCCUGAAGUUACGACAACUUCGGCUUCAUCAAGUGAUACUCCUACCGAAACUGAACCAAUAACUACGGAUGAGCCUGAAUCCACGACCCCUGAAGUUACGACAACCUCCGCUUCGUCAAGUGAUACUCCUACCGAAACUGAACCAAUAACUACGGAUGAGCCUGAAUCCACGACCCCUGAAGUUACGACAACUCCAGCUUCAUCAAGUGAAACUCCUACCGAAACUGAACCAAUAUCUACGAAUGAGCCUGAAUCCACGACCCCUGAAGUUACGACAACUUCAGCAUCGUCAAGUGAAACUUCUACCGAAACUGAACCAAUAACUACGGAUGAGCCUGAAUCCACGACUCCUGAAGUUACGACAACUUCAGCAUCGUCAAGUGUAACUUCUACCGAAACUGAAACAAUAACUACGGAUGAGCCUGAAUCCACGACUCCUGAAGUUACGACAACUUCAGCAUCGUCAAGUGAAACUUCUACCGAAACUGAAACAACAACUACGGAUGAGCCUGAAACCACGACCCAAAAAGAUACGACAACUCCAGCUUCAUCAAGUGAUACUCCUACCGAAACUGAACCAAUAACUACGAAACAACCUGAAUCCACGACACAAGAAGAUACAACAACUUCAGCAUCGUCAAGUGAAACUUCUACCGAAAAUGAACCAACAACUACAGAAUAACCUAAAUCGCUGUCCACUGCAUCCAACCAAACUGAACGAUGGCAAUUCUUUAGUCGAAGGCAGUCGCGGUUAGUCGUAUGCUUAUCAGCUUUUUCAGAAGCCUAUUUUUAUUUGUCACGCCCAUAUUUAGGAAUAUUAUCUUAUAUUAUGUUAUAUAUACAGGAUAUACCGC